AUGCCCGGGGAUGAGGGAGAAAAUGCCCGUCUCAUAGGUCAUGAUGACCAACAUGAGAAGGAUACUCAAUCCCUUCUAUCUCUCUCCGACGAGGAACCUGAAGACCUUAUCGUUCACCAUGGGCCUCCCAAUCCGGCGUCCGAAUCGCAAGGACACUCACAAGGAUCCAAACGACCGCAAGCAAACCGCCAAUCCUCAAUAUCCCAGCCAGCGCCCGAUGGACAACGCCGUACACCACGCACUUUGAACAGAGUUCGUUUCGAUCUAGACGAGGAAUCGGAACUCGGUAGUCGCCCCUCAGACGAAGAUGAUGAUCAUCGGAAUCGGCCGGCUGGUAGCUCUGACGAUGCGCCGUGGCUGGAUGAAGACGUUGAUUUCGAAUUAGAAGACUGGAUGGAGUCUGGGUCGCGACAUGGAAGGCAUACUGUUCCCCUUCUUACCGAUAUCGAAGCCCCCAGCGUGACCCUUGCAACUUCCGACGACUUCUUCCCUGAGGACCACCUAGAGAACGCGCGUCCCCGAAGCGGAAUGAAAAUGGCCUUCAUGAAUAUGGCCAAUAGUAUUAUCGGUGCAGGUAUCAUUGGCCAACCAUACGCCUUUCGUCAAGCGGGAAUGACAAUGGGGAUUGUGCUUUUGACAGUACUGACUGUCACGGUGGACUGGACUAUCCGGCUGAUCGUGGUGAAUUCGAAAAUGAGUGGUGCAGACUCGUUCCAGGCGACCAUGGAGUACUGUUUUGGAAAGACUGGCCUUAUAGCGAUCUCCUUCGCACAAUGGCUAUUUGCUUUUGGUGGCAUGAUUGCCUUUUGUAUCAUCGUCGGCGAUACGAUUCCCCAAGUGUUCGGCGCUAUAUUCCCAUCAUUAUCCGAAAUGCCGUUCUUAUGGCUGUUAACUGAUCGACAAGCUGUGAUCGUCUUGUUCAUUGUGUGCGUCUCUUUUCCUCUGUCCCUUUACAGAGAUAUUGCGAAGCUGGCCAAAGCAUCCGCUUUAGCGCUGGUCAGUAUGAUCAUAAUUGUAGUUACCGUUAUAACACAAGGCUUUCGCGUCCCAGCGGAGUCACGAGGAGAAAUCAGGAGUCAUCUGUUUGUCAACUCCGGGUUCUUCCAAGCAGUUGGUGUGAUAUCUUUUGCAUUUGUUUGCCACCACAACAGUCUUUUGAUCUAUGGAUCCCUGAAGAGGCCUACCCUCGACCGAUUUGCCACCGUUACACACUACUCCACCACAGUAUCGUUGGUUAUGUGUCUUGCCAUGGCCAUAGCAGGAUUCCUUUCAUUUGGGUCGAAGACCCAAGGCAACGUACUCAACAACUUCCCAUCAGACAACAUCAUGGUUAACAUUGCCCGAUUUUGCUUCGGAUUGAACAUGUUGACCACCUUGCCCUUGGAGGCUUUUGUCUGCCGAUCGGUCAUGACCACAUAUUACUUCCCCGACGAACCCUUCAACCCCAACCGACACCUGAUCUUCACCACCGUUCUAGUCAUUGCAUCCAUGGCUGUGGCAUUGUUGACAAGCGAUCUCGGUACUGUAUUUGAACUGAUCGGAGCAACCAGCGCUGCUGCGCUUGCAUUUAUAUUCCCUCCUCUUUGUUACCUCAAACUUAGCAGUGCUCCUCGCUGGGAAAAGAUCCCUGCCUACCUCUGUCUUACCUUCGGGGUUGUUGUGAUGCUCGUCAGUGGUAUCUUAGCGGUCACAAAAAGUAUUCAGCAUAAAGGCAGCAGCGAUUCUUAG